CCGGACCCAGAGAGCACGGCUCCCAGCGACGGUUAGAUACACCCAGGCUGCACUCGCACAACGCAGUAAUGUCAUGCAAGAAGCACAAUGUAAAAGUCAGCCGCAAGAUUUGGUUUUUAUCAUCGAUAGCUCCCGCAGUGUUCGACCCCAGGAGUUUGAAAAGGUGAGAGUCUUUCUGGCUAAGAUGAUUGACACAUUGGAUGUUGGACCUGAUAGGACCCGAGUGGCUAUUAUCAACUAUGCAAGCAGUGUGAAGGAGGAGUUCAUGUUCAAAACCUACAACAACAAGAAAGACAUGAAGAAAGCAGUUUAUCAAAUCGAACCCCUUUCAACCGGUACUAUGACAGGUUUGGCCAUUGACAGUGCAAUGAGGAAGACAUUUACAAAAACUGCAGGAGCAAGACCAGAGGAACUUGGUAUCGCCAAAGUAGCCAUCAUUGUGACAGAUGGCAGGCCACAGGACCAAGUGGCAGAAAUAUCUGCAAGUGCUCGAGCUUCUGGUAUUGAAAUCUAUGCUGUUGGUGUAGACAGGGCUGACAUGCAGUCACUGAGACUAAUGGCCAGUGAACCACUGGAUGACCAUGUCUUCUAUGUGGAAACAUAUGGUGUGAUAGAGAUGCUGACUUCUAAGUUCAUGGAGAGUCUUUGUGACCGUGUUUCAGGUUCAGAUUUCUGUGCCCUGGGAAACCACGACUGCCAGCAUAUCUGUGUGAGUACAGCGAGAUCAUAUUACUGCAGGUGUCGUCCAGGUUUUACAUUGAACGAAGAUCGGAAAACCUGCUCACGUGCGAAUAUAUGUGUCACUGGAAACCAUGACUGUGAGCAAAUCUGUGUAAACACCCCAACGGGCUAUCACUGCAAGUGUCAUCCAGGUUUUAUAUUGAAUGAAGACCAGAAAACUUGCUCACGUGAGGAUCUGUGUGCUGAUGGAGACCAUGACUGUGAGCACAUCUGUGUGAGCACAGCAACAUCGUAUUACUGUCGGUGUCGUCCAGGCUUUACACUGAAUGAGGAUCAGAAAACCUGCUCACGUGAGGAUAUGUGUGCAGUUGGAAACCAUGACUGUGAGCACAUCUGUGUGAGCACAGCAACAUCAUAUUACUGCCGGUGUCAUCCAGGUUUUACAUUGAACGAGGAUCAGAAAACCUGCUCACGUGAGGAUAUGUGUGCUAUUGGAAACCAUGACUGUGAGCAUAUCUGUGUGAGCACAGCAACGUCGUAUUACUGCCGGUGUCAUCCAGGUUUUACACUGAAUGAAGAUCAGAAAACCUGCUCACAUGAGGAUAUGUGUGCUAUUGGAAGCCAUGACUGUGAGCACAUCUGUGUGAGCACAGCAACAUCGUAUUACUGUCGGUGUCGUCCAGGUUUUACAUUGAAUGAAGAUCAGAAAACCUGCUCACGUGAGGAUAUGUGUGCAGCUGGAAACCAUGACUGUGAGGAUAUCUGUGUGAGCACAGCAACAUCGUAUUACUGCCGGUGUCAUCCAGGGUUUACAUUGAAUGAGGAUCAGAGAACCUGCUCACGUGAGGAUAUGUGCGCAGUUGGAAACCAUAACUGUGAGCACAUCUGUGUGAGCACAGCAACAUCGUAUUACUGCCGGUGUCGUCCAGGUUUUACAUUGAACGAGGAUCAGAGAACCUGCUCACGUGAGGAUAUGUGCGCAGUUGGAAACCAUGACUGUGAGGAUAUCUGUGUGAGCACAGCAACGUCGUAUCACUGCCGGUGUCAUCCAGGUUUUACAUUGAACGAGGAUCAGAGAACCUGCUCACGUGAGGAUAUGUGCGCAGUUGGAAACCAUGACUGUGAGCAUAUCUGUGUGAGCACAGCAACGUCGUAUUAUUGCCGGUGUCAUCCAGGUUUUACACUGAAUGAAGAUCAGAGAACCUGCUCACAGUUGGAUGCAUGUGCUAUUGGAAACCAUGACUGUGAGCAACUAUGUGUGAGCACAGCAACAUCCUAUUACUGCAGAUGUCGUCCAGGUUUUACAUUAAAUCAGGAUCUGAAAACAUGCUCACGUUUGAAUAUGUGUACUGCUGGAAACCACGACUGUGAGCAAAUAUGUGUAAACACUACAACAGGGUAUAACUGCAGAUGUCGUCCAGGUUUCAUAUUGAAUGAGGACCAGAAAACCUGCUCACAAGAAGCUCAGAGAAAAAUCUCUAUUGAAGAUCCCUGCAAGUGUGAAGCUUUGCUUGAUUUUCAAAGGGAUGUCCAGUCCAAUUUCCAAGCACUGGCCAGUAAAAUAAAUCAAGUAACAAAAAAAAUACGAGCAUUUGAAAACCAGCUGCGUCGAUUCUGAACAUUAUGUGAGCACUCUGUUUGAAGAGUACAUCUUAUUUGUCAUUUUGUUUGGCUAACUGACCAUUUUAUUGAGCACAGUUCUUUGCAAGCUUCCAUUAUAACCUUGAUCAGACUAGUUACUUUUAUUGCUGUGCUGCAGCUAUAGAUUUAAAAACAAAGCAGAGAAUAAUGAGAGAUGCCAUGAAGAAAACUGAAGCCAUUCAUUCAGGUGUUACUAUAUAUUGGCUCAGUUGUUGAAAGUAUUGAUUUUACUACUGUGACAUAUUGCUUAAGUGAUAUAUAUCAAUAUUAGUCUUAACUGUAUACACUUCACAAAUAAGUUGGUAGAGAAAAGAAAUUAGGAGUAAAGGAAUGCUUAAAUAUAUUAUGUACAAAAUAUACUACCUGAUUGAUCUGUUUUGUUAUUAGUACCAUGUUUUGGACGUAAAUAACCAUUAAUUCUUGUCACUA